AUGCUACAGCGGGGCCACAAGGGGCGGCGUGUCAUGGCUGAGCGGCGCCAUGGCGGCAGGAUGCCAGGGGAGGGGUGUCAGAGGCAGCAGGCAAGCAACAAACAGGCUCUGAGGUGUGGCCGCGAGGGAAGGAAGCCGCGGGCAUCCCUCUACCUCGGAACAGAGUUGGGCCUGGAGCUGGAGCCGGAGGAACAGAAGACGGUGGCAGCACCCACCCUCCACCACGGGAUCCACGGCCAGCUCUGGAGUGCCGGCAUGACCACACAGGGUCUCCCCACACCGGACCCACAGCUCCGAGACAGCGCGACUUUGUCCCUGUGCUGCUAUGUCCACCGGGCCUGGCAGAGCAACGUGGAAACAGCGCCUGGAUCUGAUCAGCUGUACGAAGGGCACACGGGCUCCUCCAAGCUCAGCCAUGGGCUGGGCUGCAACUUCCUCAAGCCGAGAAAUGGCCUGGACGGCGGCUCCCAGCUCAGCGCCGUCCCAGACCCAGGCCACAGAUGCCAACUGGCCCAGGAGCCCAUGCAGAGCUGCAGGGCACUGCUGCAGACCUGGCAGCCGGCUGCACUCAUGUCCGAGAAGCGGAUUCCUUCCACCCACCAGCCUUCCCCCCGCGUCUCUGCCUCCGGAAAUUCCCUCUGGCUGCCCGCAUGGAAGGAUGCUGGGCUCCCGCUCUCAACCCCAAGCAACGAGGCCUGCAGGCUGUUUGAUGCCACCCUCACCCAGUAUGUAAAAUGGACCAAUGACGAGCGUCUUGGUGGCAUUGAGGGCUGCCUGUCCAAGCUGAAGGCAGCAGACCCGAACUUCGCGAUGGGCCACGCCAUCUCUAAUGGCCUCGUGCUGAUUGGCACCGGAAGCUCCGUGAGACUGGACAAGGAGCUGGACCUGGCUGUGAAGAAUAUGGUAGAGAUUUCCAAAACCCAGCCGCUGACACAGCGGGAGUGGCUACACGUGUCUGCGGUAGAGACCUUUGCCAAGGGGAACUUUCCCAAAGCCUGUGAACUAUGGGAACAGAUUCUCCGGGACCACCCGACGGAUAUGUUGGCCCUGAAAUUUUCCCACGAUGCCUAUUUUUACCUGGGCUACCAGGAGCAGUUGCGAGAUUCUGUGGCUCGCGUUUACCCCUUCUGGACACCUGCCAUGCCGCUUAGCAGCUAUGUGAAAGGCAUGUAUUCUUUUGGAUUGAUGGAAACCAAUUUCUACGAUCAGGCAGAAAAACUUGCCAAAGAGGUGAGUGGGCCCUUUGAGGUGCCAGCCCUCAGGGAGAGGUGUCAGGUGGGGCAGAGCUGAUGGGUGAUGCCAGCA